AUGGGUGAUCGCGAUGACUGGGAGGAUGUUGAUGACGACGUCGAAAUGGGUGUCCCAGACGAGGAAGUUUCGGGCGAGGACGACUUGGAGGAUGUGAUCUCUGAGGAGGGCAUGCCCGAGGAGCCCGCUCGAGCACGGAGCGCCUCAAGAGUAGAAGACUCACAGACGGAUGAGGAUACCAACCCCAAUUCGUCCUGGGAACGCCUCCCCUACGAGCUCUCCCAUAAGAUCCUGCAGAUACUCGCCGAGGAUGAGGCAAAGUCGCACCUCAUGGCCGAGUACGCCGUCGUCUGCAAGUCGUGGCAAGCCGAGAUCGAGAAGGCCACCUUUGGGACCCUCGCAGUGAAGCAGACCGACCUGCCGCAGCUCGAAGAAUACGUGACCGGCCGCCGAAGGGCCCUGCUCAGACACUUAUGGCUCCGGGUUGAGCUGCCUGAGUACUCGCGCAGGUCGAGACAGGUCCCGGAGAAUGAACAGGACCAGGAGGAGAAUAACUUCAAGUACUCCAUGGCUCUCUACGACCUCUUCAAGCUGCUCGAUCCGUGGAAUACACCGGAAUUCUGGUCUUCGAGAAAUGGCCGCGGCAUCAGCCUCGAGCUCAGCGCCUUCUCUCCAAGUGACAAGAGGAAUCUAUUCGGCGAGGCAGGUCUUGACGCGGACGGGAACUCAAGAUACUUUGAUUCACUGCUGGAUUUCAUGCUCCUGGUGAUACCUGACCCUCAGGGCAUUCACGGCUUGCACAUGGUCGAAGUGGUGACCAGCUUUUCUAUACUCCGGCGGAAUUUCCGCAACGUCUCGGCCACUUCGCUCAUACCAGUCCUGAGGUCAUUACCUCGUCUGAAAGAGGUGCGCUUCGAGCCGUGGCAGCAGGUAGACCAGCCUGCUCAGGAAGAUGUCGACAGCGAACUCGCCGGCCAAAUACCCUUCUGGCCAACCACUCUCAAACGCAUUAGCAUUUUCGAGCACUUCGGCGCCUUCGACCAGAACGAUAUGUGGGACACGCGGAUUCGGUUCCCCUUCCUGGCACACGGGCUGCGGCGCCUCAGCACGCACCUCCAGGAGCUCAGCGCCUCGUUCGCGGUGGACGCCAAGGACUUCUUCCAGCCAUGGGCGUGCCUCAAGCCCGGCGUCCCGAACCCACCGGCCCUGCCGCGGUGGGAGCACCUCCGCUGGCUGACGCUGACGUCCCGCAUGAUCGCCGAGGUGGCGUUCCCGGACGAGGUCAACGGCCUCCUGCGGUCGGCGGGCCUCGCGGCGAGGGACAUGCCGGCGCUGCAGGCGAUGGAGCUGUACAACGCCACCCGUUGGGACGCGGGUGUGUUCCGGUUCCUGGUGGUGGAGAACACGGGGGUGGUCAGCUGGACGAGCACGUGGGAUUUCCGGAUGGCGGCUGGGGUGAAGAGGGUGUGGAGGGAGGUGGCGCUGCUGAGGACACGGCAGGAGCCGCUCGUCUUCGACGAGGUCAAGAUGGCCGACUUCAUGGGCGGGCCCGAGGGCUUCAUUCACUCGGAGCUCGCCACGAGAGAGCUGGUGCUGCACCCGACCUCGUCGGCGGACAUGAUGGGGGAGAGGCCGUUCCCGGACCCGGUGCUGCGGCUGCCACCGGUUUGA